GAAUGGCUGCCAUCUUUAGUUUUCGAUGGAUGUUUUCCGAAGAGAUCGUGAAUUCUCGUAUUUAUUGUGGUAUUUAAUAACGUAAUAAAAUCUCGAAUAGUGAAAUAACGUUUUCCGCGAUGUAAAGAGUGUUUUUUCGUUUAUUAUUUAAGCUGCCCUGGUGUCAAUUCCAUUAAAAAAUGCUUGUGUUUACAUCCAAGUUUAAAGUGAGCUUCUGUAUUCCUGUCAUAUUAAGCUUAUGGUUCAGAAUCCUCAAAUAGCGGAAUCGAAGAGCGCGGUAUCUCGUCAAGCUGCCGGACGAGGAUAGCCAUUCGAUCCUAACUCGCUCGAGUUUCCAGUUGGCGUGAUCGAAAGGCCUCCAAAACGUCGACCCCGUCGGUGAUCAAGUUAUCGGGGGGUGGAACAGGUGGGGGUGGGGAGCAAUUGUCCCCAGGGUCUGGCCCACCUCCCCCGGUGUCCCCAGCCGAGCAUACCGAUGCUAACGAGAACGAUGCCAUCAAGACGAAACGCGUCGACAACUUCCCACAGAGCGCUGAAACCACCAUGAGCUUCGUUUUGCAGUUGGGCACGGUAGAAACAUCCCUCGAGAAGAAGAACUCCAGCAGUCAGCCGUCCUCGUCGCUAAAUCAGGAGACGUCAAAUGCCGUGGUUGCUGGAAGCGAUGAUGCCGGCAAGCCUCAGAUUCUUCAAUGUUUAGAGAACACCUCGGAGAUUCCAACCGGUCAUGUUAUUUCCUUUUCCACUGUGAAAUCAGUUAGCGUUACCUAUCCAGUGGCGAAAGCCGUUAGGGAGGUUCAAAGAAUCGCUGGUUCUCAGACGAAUACCACCCAGGUGCUGUCAACACGUGUGAUCUCGCAGAAAUUGCCAUCGUCUAGCCAUCAGACUCAGUCCGCGCCUUUAACACUGAACGCAUCUUCCAACGUUACCCAUGUUCCGGUAAAUGCUCAAUCUUUGCCCUCACCAGGCAGCGGAGUGGCACAUGUGUAUCCUUUACAGCACUCGGUACCCACCCAGAAUAAACAGCAAACUAGAAAUCAGGUGGUCACCUGCGAAGGCAAACCGCAACAACAGACAACUACGAUAUCUAGUCUGCAGUCUAGCAUGCCUUUAAAAGUUCAACCGGUCCCUUCGCAGCUGGUUGUGGGCAACAGCGCGGUUAGAGCCAUCGCCACUGCGACUUCAUUGCCUAAUAUUCAAAGGAUACACGUGAAAGCACAGAAUCUCGUAGGACAGACUCAGACAGUUAACUUGCAGAAGGUGAAGGGUGUGGCAAACGUCAGUCAAGGGGUAACCGUUCAAAGAAACUCCGUACCUAGGAUACAAACCGUACAGAAAAGUCAGGUGUCGACUGGUACCGCUCAAACUACCCAGUUCGCUGUUAAUCAAGUCACAAACAAUGCCAAUGUACAGAGAGCCCAACAAGGGAACUCGACGCUCCAAAAAGCACAAGCGAACGCCGCGAGCACACAGAAGGUAGCGCAGGUCUAUAAUAAUCAGAAGGUACCAUCGCAGAUGUUAAGUAACCAUCCGAAUCAUAAAGCACAAUUACAGCAGAUAACAAGUAAUCAACAGCAAGGAUUACAAAAGUUACAGGUUCAGUCACAAAAGACGGUAACAACCGUGCCUAGACAACAGUCAAACUCAGCGGUGAAUAAUAUUCAGAAACCUAGCAAUUCUGUAGCUGGUAUACAGAAGGUACAAGUAGUGGGACAAGUACAAUGUCAGCAGCAGUUACCGCAGGUCCAAAAGCAUGUGCAACAGGUUCAGCCGUCGCAACAUCAAAGAUCUCAGUCUACAGCGGCUUUACAAAAGUCCCAGACUGUGGCCACAGUUAAUACCAGUAGGGUACAAUCGAUCGCGAACGUUUGCAAAAGCAAUAGCGUUCCAAAUAUCAGCAAAACACCACAGAACGCCAACUUAUUAGCCGUGAACAAGCAGCCAGUGAUCUCACAACCACAGCAGUCACAGCAAGUACAUACCCAAAAUUCGUCUCAGUUGCAACAACAAUUGCUACAACAAACUUCGCAAGCGCAACAAUCGCAGCAGCAAACGGUACAAAAGCAACACCCACAACAACAGCAAGCGAACGCAAAUCCACAAACACAGAGAAGUCACAGUAUUACAAAUGUCCACCAAAAGGUCGCGACUAUUGCGACAAUUCCCAAUAAUCAACGAACUCAAGUACUAAAUUCUAAGAUGCAGCAGCAGCAGAUGGUCAUGAGAGUGGGUGUACCAAAGAAUCAAGCGCAAAAUUUACAGCAAAAUAAUUUGAAAAAUGUAUCUCAGAAGAUUGCAAAUACCGUAAAAACUUCAAAUUCGCAGAAUGUUGUGCAGCAAUCAUUGCAUAGAAACACAAAUGCCCAGCCAGUGAAAAUAAUCCAACAACAGCAAAAUGUGAUAGGACCGCAGAACGCUCAAAAACAGCCUGGAUGCAUAAAAACGAUACCCCCUCAAAAACCAGCCCAAAGAAACCAUACACAAAAAGUAGCCGGUAUUAAGACUUCUUUAAAUACAAACGUGGCUGCAGUGAAAAGUCAAGGACCCACAACUGCAGUCGCACAAAAAGCAAGCAUCAAAACGUUGCUCCCUCAACAGACUGUUGCGACGAACAUGUUAAUGCAUAAAAAUCAACCGAUUAAAAUACAACAAACCAUGCAGCAGAAACAGAUUAUCACAACAUCACAAUUUCCCCCACAAAUUCGGCAACAGUCUGGACAAGUGAAAACAUUAUUACCAGUAACUAGCAUGGAACCUCGCAAGGAUGUUGAAAACAAAACCGAAUCUGAAACCCGCGAACCUAAGGAAGAUGAACGUCAACAACGUCCUACAACGCCGGUCAUAAGAAUACCCCCUCCUUACGAGUGUCUUCAGUACGUCCUACAGGAUCACAAUUAUGGGGCACCACCACCUCGAACUCCAUCACCUCCAUCACCACCAUCUCAUUUAAAACAGCCCAUUAAUGGUGCCGGAAGUUCAACUGCAACUUCUCAGCAUACUUACAUUUAUGGAAAAGUUGUUAGUAGUACUAACGUAGAUGAUGAUGCAGCCAGUGCUAUCAGUAGUGAAACAGGCAGAGACGUUGAACUCGAAGGCGAAGAAACUGAAACUGCUCCCGAGGGAGAAGGAGACGAUGAGGAUAGCGUUACUAGAUGUAUAUGUGAAUUUGAACAUGACGAUGGAUACAUGAUCUGCUGUGAUCGUUGUUUGGUUUGGCAACAUGUUGACUGUAUGGGUAUAGAUCGUUCUAACAUUCCUGACGAGUACCUCUGUGAAAUUUGUCGACCGCGACGUGUAGAUAGACAAAGAGCACGUGCUUUACAAAUGCGUAAGCGCGAGGAAUUGCUAAAUUCAGAUACAUCGUCUGAUACAUCAUCUACCAGUUCAGCAGACACUGAUGUCGGUAUGAACACGAUUCCAAAGAAAAGAACUUUACAACAACAAAUUCCUCGUCGAAAAUCCGAACCACCGCAAGUAAGACGUCUGAACAACAAUAACAACAACAAUAAUAAUAACGUCGCAAAAAGACAGAGGAGAGAUUCUCAUCCAAGACAAUCCAGUGCUGUACGUAAAAAAGAAGUUACAAAACGAGGCCCAGGCAAACGUAAAGCGAAACGGAGAAUGAGUUUGGAGGAUAAAGAAGAGGAAACUCAAGAUACAUGGAGUUCCAAUGUUGCUCCACUAAGACAAUGGAUCGAACGUUAUGAGGAAGCUGUAACAAAUCACUAUAGUCCGGAAUUGAGAGCCAGAAUAUCAUCUAUCAAAGUGAAUGGUACACAUAGCGACUUGAGGCAGAGUAAUAUGAAUGUCAUUGCCACCGGAAAAUGUAGACUCAACGUACAUAGUAACAACGUUAGGUUUUUGGUGGCAACUAUGUAUCUCCCUCCAAAUACACCUGUCGUGGAAUUACGAGGAAAAUAUAUGCUAAGUACACAACAUCGACCGUCUUAUCCUCAAGGAAGACAGCACACUCAGAGGCCUGGACCCUUUGUAUUCUUUUAUCGGUUACCACGAGACGGAACAGAGGUCUGUGUAGACACUAGAACGUACGGAAAUGAUGCUAGAUUUGUGCGACGUAGUUGUAAACCUAACGCGGAAGUGAAACAUUGUAUAGAGAAAGGAACAUUACAUUUGUAUAUUGUGACUACAACCGCGAUCGAGAAAAAUGCUGAAAUUACGAUUAGACAUGAACAACAUGAUCUUCUGUUGUCGCCUAAUCCAAAUGGACCCAUGAUGCCUAUCGUCUGUGCGUGUAAUAAUCCAAGAGAAUGUCAAAUAGUGUCAUUAAAUCAAUUAAACAGAAGAGGAAGUAAUGGAGCAUUAGCGGAAAAUGCUGAUGGUCGAGAACGAAGACGAAGGGGUAGACGAAAUACAAUUUGUGAGGAUAGUGAUUCUUCAAUUGUAAUGCCUAAUAAUACUAUCAUCACGCAACCCACUCCGCCACCGACAACAGUAUCAUCAGUAUCCGCACCUCCGAGAAGGACAGUUACAACCACCAUAGCAAAUACUGGUAACCAUUCGGUACGUCAAGCACCUAAGGAAGAACCGCCAACAUUAGUUCAACAACCGCAGACUUCUCCAAAUUUAAAUCAAACUAUACCAUCAGAAUCUAAGAAAGACAAAAAGAAGAUGACGAGAGAAGAGAGAAAAAUGGAAGCCAUUAUGAAAGCUUUUGAAAGGCUAGAGAAAGCGGAGCAAAGGAAACAAGAAGUUCAAGCCCGGAAUGCACAACGGAAGGAAUCUGGUGGUACGCAUAGCGAUAAUGAGGAUAGCCAUAGUGUUACAAUGCAAUCUAAACAGAAACAGCAGAAUUCCGACAGACCUUUAAGGCGAAAGCGAAGAAAAGGUAGAGCAAGGACGACCAGUACUUCACAAUCACAAGGUAGUAGUCGAAGAACGAGAUUGAAUUCCGCAGAUUCUGAUGAAUCGUCUGGAGAAGAGAGCACCUCAAUGCAAUCGCCACCUCUUUUGAGCCAAAAUCAUUCACAGAAUCGGGAUGCUCCCUAUUCUUCCCAUCUGCAUACACCUGCUAAGAACGCAAACGAAACUGUGGCUAUAGCUGCUCAUCAAGGAAUUCCCACAGCUGCUGGUUUACUGCUGGCUCUAGCGAAUUCCAAUGCUCCUGGACCUAGUUCGCCUCCUUUACAGCAACCAACACCAGUUAAAAGUCCAACCUGUGACAGUGGUGCAAGCAGCAGUUCUCAGAGUUCAACACCAUCCACUCCCUUGUCCUCUGCUUGCUUGUUAGUCGCAGCAGCCGUUGGUCCUCUAGCUCCUGGUUUUAAAUUCCCGAAAACCAAGAAGGUCCUAAUGAAUGAAUGGCUAAAAGAAUCGCCUGAUCCACCGCAAAGCAACAUAUCUCAGAUGUCACCAUUACCAGCGUUACCACCGGCUUCUGCAUCGAAUUCGAUAAAUCCUCUUUGCAGGUCUUCAGAUUUUUCUUUACCAACAGACUCAUCCGCAGAGUUUUUAACACAAAGUUAUGCAGCCAAAAGUCUAGCAACUCUUGUACAAGCUGCUAACUCUGUCUCUGGAAUAUGUGAUUCGCCGCCACAGCGUAGACAAGCGACCAGUGGGAAUUCAGUAUGUCCUGUCUCCACGGGAUCUGCCAAGAAAAGAUGGUUACGACAAGCCAUUUCUGAAGAAUGCGAUUCACCGAAUAGUCGACCAGAAAGUCCACCAGCCAGUGAAAUGGUAGCUCCGCCAAAGAAAAGAAGAAUAGCUAGAGAAAGUUUAUCUUCGGACAAUUACACUCCACCCACAACACCUACCAUGUUGGUUCCUGAAUCUACUGCGAAUAAUAGAUCUUUGUGUCCUGCUGAGGACGAUUUUAUCGAGCAGCUGCAGUCGCCAUUAGUUGAGCAGAAUGAUGAACGCCAUAUAACAACAGAGACUGUAAAACAAGAGGUCACUUCACACGAACAUGUUAACUCAGAUGCGGUCGUGCGACAAAAGCUUUCUAUAGAUAUUCCACCGGAUUUUCACGUUAAAACCGUUAAAUCUGAGAAACAUAUAGCAGUGACACAGAUGGACACUUCGUUAGUGAAAGAAGAAAAUGUUGAGAUAAAAAAAGAAGAUGAUGAAAUGAAUUGUGAUACAUAUAUGCAUUUGGAAUCAAAGUCUUUUAUUAAAGACGAAUUGCGACUUGUAAAAAAUGAAAUAGUUGACCAUUUCAGAGAUAAAAGCAAAAAGGAACAUAUUAUAAAGAAAGAGGAGAACUUAGAGACAGAAAAGGGAACAGUUGAAAUAGUCGAUCAAAAUGAGGCAGAUACAGAAAUGGAAGACUUCAGUUCUCCAAUCGCUGUUAUGGAAUCAGAUGCAAUUCUGAAACAACGAGUGGCUGAGAUGAGACUCGAAUUCGGAGGCAGUAUAAGUGAGAUGGUUAAAGUUGAAGAUGACAAGUGUGACGACGACAAACAGUCUGAAGACGUGAAGUGUGAAGUGAAGUCCGAUGAUAAUAUGUCGAUUGACGAGUUCGAUGUUGAAGCUCAAAUGAAGAAAAUCACUGGUGACGAUGGAAAUGACUACAAGGAAAAAGUAGAUACUAGUUCAGAAAAAGAUAAAAGUAUGGAUGGUAUCGAAGGUUUGAUGGAAAGCUCCAAGGAAGAUUCAGAGUCUGAGGAUAAGGAGAUGGAUGAUGUGAAAUACGAACCUUCAUUUAAAACAUUCAACUUAAAUCACGAGGAGAAAUUAUUUAAGGAGUUCGAAAGCAAAGCUGAAUCAGAAUGUACCAUUGAGAAUAGCAUUAAAGAGAUCGAACAAAGCCAGGAAUCUCAGAAAAUUGAACAACCGUCCGCGUUUAUUACUUCAUCGGAAGAAUCCAUUUUCGAGUCUGCAUCCUCUAAUAUGGAUACAGAAUCCAUUGUAGAACCGCCAAAGAUUUUUCAUUCCAUUCCACCACUAAGUGAACGUAUUCGCAAGAAAACAGAAGCAACAAGUGCUCCAAAAAGCCAACUGAAUUUCGAAGCAGCUAUAAUAGAAUCCAGCAUUAACAUGGAAACAGAUGAUGAAUCCAAAAAUGGUGAACAAAAAUCUAUGCUUUCAACGGCAUUAAGGGAAUUGUUGGAAGCCAAAUUGGAUGAUUUGACACCCGAUGACGCUAAAGAAGAAAUCGUCGAGGAAAAUAACGCGCCAUACAUCGAGUUGAAGUCUGAAAUUUUAGAGCAAAAUAUAGAAAUACAAGAGUCUGUAUUAAAACCUACCCCUCAAAAUGUUAAUGAUGAAGAAGUUCCAGUAAAAGAAGAAGAAAGUCCGCCUAAAGAAGUCAAGCGAUUGAAGGAUCCGAGAACUGUCGUUCCAAAUACUAUGCCAGCUCCUGCAUUUAAACCUGAAGGAAUUCCUCCUGUUAAACGAAAGUUGUCCAUAUCAGAAUACCGUAAACGCAAACAGCAAUCGUCUGGCACGCCUCCAGAACCUGAACCAUCAAGUGAUACUUCUACAACAGAUAAAGGAGGAGCUAGAGGUAGAUCAGAUAGCGCGAGCAGUGGAACUUCGUCGCUCAGUUCUGAUGAGGAAGGUUCUAAAAUCUCACUAUCUCUCGAUAUACCAACCUUAACCGCAUUACCACUUUUCAUUAGCGCGGAAGGCGAGGAAAAAAAAGGUGGUGAGGAAGGAACAAUUGGUUGGUCCGCUGCUCCAACUUUAGUUGAACGUCAAAGAGAAAACCUUACAGAAAGAUUAAAACGAGAGUUUGGAUUAUUUCUCAGCGACGACGAAGAAGAAAGAGCUCGCAAACACGGUCUAACAGCAGAGGCAAUAUUGAAAGCGCGUAAGUCAUCUCCGCCUCAUCCCACUGUGUCAAAUACUCCACCAGGUUAUCCGUUACCUCAGUUACCUCCUCAACCCUAUAUACCUCCUCCAGGAUCCGCAUCCAUUCACUAUCCUCAGUUUCAAGCUAAACCUUGUCCCGUUCAGUAUCCGAACUUCACAGUGCCACAAAACACUUCACAACCAGUUUAUGCGAAUGCUGCGCCUCAAACCUCUACGAACAAGCAGGCACAACAAUUUUUAGUACCUCAGGCGUCUCAGGCACCGCCAGGCUCAAAUCCGUAUCCUCCUCAGUUUAUUCCACCAUCUACCACAGCAGUAUCGAUCUCCAAGUACACGUCUGUGACACCGCCAUCUGGAAAUCAAAUAUAUCCUGCGUCUGGCCAAACGCAGAAGCAGUUUUACAAUCACCCGGCACCAAGGUCUUAACCCAUAUAAAAGGUAGCUCUGUCGAAAAGUUUUUAGCUGGGAAAAUUUUUAUUAGACUUGGUCGGAUCGCGAGUUAACUCGUCGGUUUGUUUGAAUAAACACGAGACUCGCGACUGGUCGCUUAAUUCCAUUAGAUUAAAGUGUUAAGUUAUCCUCCCUGGCCUGAAAAGGAAGGGGGUGAAACGAGAUAUUUUGAGUGGGACAGAAAACAAAUUCACAGUCUCUUCUACCUUACGUCGUUCGUGUUUUAGCAAAAGGGUAUUUAGAUUAUAUAAUAAAAUGAUAAUUCGCGCACGCGACUAGCGGAGAAGAGAUUCGUGAUUCCAGGUGCUACACUGUUCUCGCUUGUAUUAAAGACGUUAUGCGUACACCGUUGACUGCGAAGGAAGAAACAUAAGAAAUAUUAACACUUCUGAUGGUUUCGGAGACGCACUCGAUGGAAUUCGUGUGGCCUAAAGUGAUAAUUAAGUAUUUUGAACAAA